CGCACGCUGGGGGAGCCGAGCUGCGCUGGGGCUCGGGCAGCUGGGCGCACUGGUCGGAGCCGGAGCGAGCACCGGAGCGGGAGCGGGCGCCCGAGCAGGAGCCGGCCGGCCCGCCCGGGGGACGCGCGGACACCGGGGCCCCCGCGGCCCGCGCCAUGGAGCCCGAGUGAGGCGGCCGGGCCGGGCCGGGGCCGGGGCCGGACCAUGGAGGCUGUGCUGGCGCUGCUGGCCCUCUGCAGCCACUUGGCUCCAGCGAGAGCCUCCCCGCUCCUGCUUUUCGCCAACCGUCGGGACGUGAGGCUGGUGGACGCCGGAGGAGCCAAGUUGGAGUCGAACAUCGUGGUGAGCGGCCUGGAGGACGCGGCCGCCGUGGACUUCCAGUUCUCCCAGGGGGUCAUUUACUGGACGGACGUGAGCGAGGAGGCCAUCAAGCAGACGUACUUUAACCAGUCGGGGAGCGCGGUGCAGAACGUCAUCAUCUCCGGCCUGGUGUCCCCCGAUGGCUUGGCGUGCGAUUGGAUCGGGAAGAAGCUCUACUGGACCGACUCGGAAACCAACCGGAUCGAGGUGGCCAACCUCAACGGAACCUCCAGGAAAGUCCUUUUCUGGCAGGACCUGGACCAGCCUCGGGCCAUCGCCCUGGACCCCGCUCACGGGUAUAUGUACUGGACAGACUGGGGAGAAACCCCUCGCAUAGAACGUGCAGGGAUGGACAGCAGCACGAGGAAAAUCAUCGUCGACUCCGACAUUUACUGGCCCAACGGCCUCACCAUCGACCUGGAGGAGCAGAAGCUGUACUGGGCGGAUGCAAAGCUGAGUUUCAUCCACCGAGCCAACCUGGACGGCUCCUUCCGGCAAAAAGUGGUGGAAGGCAGCUUGACGCACCCCUUUGCGCUGACCCUGUCGGGGGACACCCUGUACUGGACGGACUGGCAGACGCGCUCCAUUCACGCCUGCAAUAAGAGAACCGGAGAAAAGAGGCGGGAAAUCCUCGGCGCCCUUUACUCUCCCAUGGACAUCCAGGUGCUGAGCCAGGACCGGCAGCCCUACUUUCACACCCCCUGCGAAGAGGACAAUGGCGGCUGCUCCCACCUGUGCCUGCUGUCCCCUCGAGAGCCUUUCUACACCUGUGCCUGCCCCACGGGGGUGCAGCUUGAGGACAACGGCAAGACCUGUAAAGCAGGUGCUGAGGAGGUUCUGCUGCUGGCCCGGAGGACAGACCUGCGCAGGAUCUCCCUGGACACGCCGGACUUUACCGACAUCAUCCUGCAGAUCGAUGACAUCCGGCACGCCAUCGCCAUCGACUACGACCCCGUGGAGCGCUACGUCUACUGGACGGACGACGAGGUGAGGGCCAUCCGCCGGGCCUACCUGGACGGCUCGGGCGCCCAGACCCUGGUCAGCACGGAGAUCAACGACCCGGACGGCAUCGCCGUGGACUGGGUGGCCAGGAACCUCUACUGGACGGACACGGGCACCGACCGCAUCGAGGUCACGCGGCUCAACGGCACCUCCAGGAAGAUCCUCAUCUCCGAGAACCUGGACGAGCCUCGGGCCAUUGUUCUGAACCCAGUGAUGGGCUACAUGUACUGGACGGACUGGGGCGAAAGCCCCAAAAUCGAAUGCGCGCACCUGGACGGACAGGCCAGAAGGGUCCUGGUGAACACGUCCCUCGGGUGGCCCAACGGGCUGGCGCUGGAUCUCCAGGAGGGCAAGCUGUACUGGGGGGACGCCAAGACGGACAAGAUCGAGGUGAUCAACGUGGACGGCACCCGCAGGAGAACCCUUCUGGAAGACAAGCUCCCCCACAUAUUCGGCUUCACCUUGCUGGGGGACUACAUCUACUGGACCGACUGGCAGCGGAGGAGCAUCGAGCGGGUCCACAAGGUCAAGGCUGACCGAGACGUCAUCAUUGACCAGCUGCCCGACCUCAUGGGGCUGAAAGCCGUGAACGUGGCCAAGGUCAUCGGCACCAACCCGUGCGGGGAGAAGAACGGCGGCUGCAGCCACCUGUGCUUCUUCACCCCCCACGCCGCCAAGUGCGGCUGCCCCAUCGGCCUGGAGCUGCUCAGCGACCUGCAGACCUGCAUCAUCCCCGAGGCCUUCCUGGUCUUCACCAGCCGAGCCGCCAUCCACAGGAUCUCGCUGGAGACCAACAACAACGACGUGGCCAUCCCGCUGACCGGCGUCAAGGAGGCCUCCGCCCUGGACUUCGACGUCUCCAACAAUCACAUCUACUGGACCGACGUCAGCCUGAAGACCAUCAGCCGGGCCUACAUGAACGGGAGCUCGGUGGAGCACGUGAUCCAGUUCGGCCUGGACUACCCCGAGGGCAUGGCCGUGGACUGGAUGGGCAGGAACCUGUACUGGGCGGACACGGGCACCAACCGCAUCGAGGUGGCGCGCUUGGACGGGCAGUACCGCCAGGUUCUCGUCUGGAAGGAUCUCGACAACCCCCGGUCCUUGGCCCUGGAUCCCACCAAAGGGUACCUCUACUGGACAGAGUGGGGCGGGAAGCCCAGGAUCGUCCGGGCCUAUAUGGACGGAACCAACAGCAUCACUCUGGUGGACAAAGUGGGGCGGGCCAACGACCUGACCAUCGACUACGCGGACCAGAGGCUCUACUGGACCGACCUGGACACCAACAUGAUCGAGUCCUCCAACAUGCUGGGUCAAGAAAGGAUCAUCAUCGCCGACGACCUCCCGCACCCCUUUGGGCUGACGCAGUACAGCGACUACAUCUACUGGACCGACUGGAACCUCCACAGCAUCGAGAGAGCCAAUAAGCUUACUGGCAAAAACCGGACGCUGAUCCAGGGCCAUCUGGACUUCGUGAUGGACAUCCUGGUCUUCCACUCCUCCCGCCAGGACGGCCUGAACGACUGCGUUCAGAACAACGGACACUGCGGGCAGCUGUGCCUGGCCGUCCCCAAUGGCUACAGAUGUGCGUGUGCGACCCAUUACUCCCUGGAUCCCAACCACAGGAACUGCAGCUCGCCCACAACCUUCUUGCUGUUUAGUCAGAAGUGCGCCAUCAGCCGGAUGAUCCCCGAUGACCAGCAGAGCCCGGACGUGGUCCUUCCGCUGCACGGCCUGCGCAACGUCAGGGCCAUCGACUACGACCCGCUGGACAAGUUCAUCUACUGGGUGGACGGGCGGCAGAACAUCAAAAGGGCCAGAGAUGACGGCAGCCAGCCUUUCGUCGUGACCUCCGCCAGCCAGGGCCAGGAAAAGCAGCCACACGACCUCAGCAUUGAUGUGUACAGCCACACCUUGUACUGGACCUGUGAGGCGACCAACACCAUCAACGUGCACCGGCUGAACGGGGAAGCCAUCGGCGUGGUGCUGCGCGGGGACCGCGACAGGCCCCGGGCCAUCGCUGUCAAUGCGGAGCGCGGGUACAUGUACUUCACCAACAUGCAGGACCGGGCCGCCAAGAUCGAGCGGGCGGCCCUGGAUGGCACCGAGCGGGAGGUGCUCUUCACCACUGGCCUCAUUCGGCCCGUGGCCCUGGUCGUGGACAAUCAUCUGGGCAAGCUGUUCUGGGUGGACGCCGACCUGAAACGCAUCGAAAGCUGCGAUUUGUCAGGCGCCAACCGCGUGACUCUGGAAGACUCCAACAUCGUGCAGCCGGUGGGCCUGACCGUGCUGGGCGACCACCUGUACUGGAUUGACCGCCAGCAGCAGAUGAUCGAGCGGGUGGAGAAGACCGGUGGCUACAAGAGAACCCGGAUCCAGGGGCGGAUCUCUCACCUCACAGGGAUCCACGCCGUGGAAGAGGUCGACAUGGAGGAGUUUGCUGCCCAUCCGUGCUCCCGAGACAAUGGAGGCUGCUCGCACAUUUGUAUCGCUAAAGGAGACGGGACGCCGCGCUGCUCCUGCCCCGUGCACCUGGUGCUGCUGCAGAACCUCCUGACCUGCGGAGAGCCUCCGACGUGUUCCCCAGACCAGUUCACCUGCGCCACGGGGGAGAUUGACUGCAUCCCCAUGGCCUGGCGCUGCGACGGCUUCCCGGAGUGUGAUGACCACAGCGAUGAGGCAGACUGCCCUGUGUGCUCAGCCUCCCAGUUCCAGUGUGAGAAGGGCCAGUGCAUCGACCUGCGCUGGCGGUGCAACGGCGAGAUCGACUGCCAGGACAAGUCCGACGAGGCCGAUUGUGAUGCCAUCUGCCUGCCCAACCAGUUCCGCUGCGCCAGCGGCCAGUGCAUCCUCAUCAAGCAGCAAUGUGACUCCUUCCCGGACUGCAUGGACAGCUCCGACGAGCUCUUGUGUGAGAUCACGAAGCCCCCCUCGGACGACCCCCCCUCCCACAGUAACGCCAUCGGCCCAGUCAUCGGGAUCAUCCUCUCCCUCUUCGUGAUGGGGGGCAUGUACUUCGUGUGCCAGCGGGUGAUCUGCCAGCGGUACACGGGGGCCAGCGGGCCCUUCCCCCACGAGUACGUCAGCGGCGCCCCUCACGUGCCCCUCAACUUCAUCGCCCCCGGCAGCUCUCAGCACGGCACCUUCACAGGCAUUUCCUGUGGCAAGUCCAUGAUCAGCUCCAUGAGCCUCAUGGGGGGCAGCAGUGGCCUGCCCCUCUACGAUCGGAACCACGUCACCGGGGCCUCGUCCAGCAGCUCGUCCAGCACUAAAGCCACUUUAUACCCGCAGAUCCUGAACCCUCCCCCCUCUCCCGCCACCGACCGCUCUUUGUACAACACGGAGAUGUUCUACUCUUCAAACAUUCCUUCAACCACUAGAUCGUACAGACCGUACAUCAUCAGAGGGAUCGCUCCCCCCACGACCCCAUGUAGCACAGACAUAUGCGACAGCGACUGCACGACCAGCCGAUGGAAGGCCAGCAAAUACUAUAUGGAUCUGAACUCGGACUCGGACCCCUACCCGCCCCCUCCCACUCCCCACAGCCAGUACCUAUCCGCCGAAGAGAGCUGCCCACCGUCACCCGCCACCGAGCGGAGCUACUUCCAUCUCUUCCCGCCCCCGCCCUCACCCUGCACGGACUCCUCCUGACCUCGGCCCCGCCACCUGGGCCUGUUUCCUCCCCUUCCCCUUGUAAAUAUUUUUAAAUAUGAACAAAGAAAAAAUAUAUUUUAUGAUUUUAAAAAAAGAAAUAAAUAUGGUUGGGAUUUUAAAACACACAAAAUGUGAAUAAUACCAGGGUGGGCUGGGCUGUGAAAACUUUGUACAGUGGAAAAAUAUUUAUAAAUUUAAUUUUUUUAAUUUAA